UUGAAUCGUAGUCCAUGCGGAGUCCAUCGAACUUCAUCCGUAUUCAGAGACAACCAAUCAGAGCAUAGUCGCUAUCAUAUUCACACGUGACUUUUAAAUCGCAGCUUCCUGUCAGUGGCCCACGAAAAAUAUCUCUUGGCGUCGAAAUUGACGGGCUUCGCAUCCCACUUCUAGCGGACGACAAUUCACAAAAGACUGCGACUUCGUACCGCUUCGUCAAUUCCCAUCGACUCGACUCCAUACCGCAAUCAUGACGACUACACAGGGAGCUAUCUCCAAGCGACGCAAGUUCGUCGCCGACGGUGUCUUCUACGCCGAAUUGAACGAGUUCUUCCAGCGCGAGUUGGCCGAGGAAGGUUACUCUGGUGUCGAAGUCCGAGUUACUCCUACCGUCACCGAUAUCAUCAUCCGCGCCACACACACCCAAGAAGUCCUGGGCGAGCAGGGCCGACGGAUUCGAGAACUCACCUCCCUCAUCCAGAAGCGAUUCAAGUUCCCCGAGAACAGUGUCUCUCUCUAUGCCGCCAAGGUCCAGAACCGUGGUCUCUCCGCCGUCGCUCAAUGCGAGUCCCUCCGUUACAAGCUGCUGAACGGUUUGGCCGUGCGAAGAGCAUGCUACGGUGUUCUGCGAUUCAUCAUGGAGAGCGGCGCCAAGGGUUGUGAGGUGGUUGUCUCUGGCAAACUGCGAGCUGCCCGAGCAAAGAGCAUGAAGUUCACUGACGGCUUCAUGAUCCACUCCGGUCAACCGGUCAACGACUUCAUCGACACUGCUACCCGUCACGUCCUCCUCAGACAAGGUGUUUUGGGUAUCAAGGUCAAGAUCAUGCGCGGCAGCGACCCAGAAGGCAAGGCCGGCCCUCAGAAAUCCCUCCCCGAUACCGUUACCAUCAUCGACCCUAAGGAAGAGCAACCUGUCGUGCAACCCAUGUCUCAGGACUAUGGUGCCAAGGCCAUGGCUGCUCAGCAAGCCGCUCAGGACGCCAGAGUCUCUCAAGAGAACGGCGGCGAGGGUGGCGAGGAGACAUAUGCUGAGGAAUAAAGCGUGGGAUAUGUGGGCGUUUAGUGAUUCACUUAGCAUAUCAUACCUGUUUUCGCGGAAACGAAAAGAGCGAAUGAGGCAUUUUCAGGGCCUGGCAUUCGGGAGAAGCGUCAUGAUGAAGAUUACUCCAUGGCAUGAAUGAAAAGAAUGCAUCAGACUGAUCUUGAAUUUCGUCACACUCUGGUCUGUCUAUUUGGCCGCCAUCAUUUUGUCUGCAUGCAGUUUCCUCAACAUUUCUCACAGGAAGACCUCCACAUUGAAUUCCACCGCGCUCACAGG